GUGAGUAACAAGCGUUGCAAUGGUUAAAGUGGAAGGUGCAAGGUGAGCUUAGUUUAUGGAUGCUCGGGGAUGUGCAAUGGCAAGACCUCGAAUGCUCUUUCCUUCCGUAUUGUAUCUUUUGGGACCUGUAAUCUAAAUCACAUAUCGAAAUCACGCAGCUUUACGCUCGUUUUCUAAACAGUAUACAUAAAUAAUAACACUCGUUUGGUUACGUUCAUUCAUCAAAAUUAUCCUAUAAUAUUCGUUACCUUAUGUACCUUUAAGACUACCGCACGCUUUUUCAACGACCAAUGGACUCUCUGUCCGUUGGGCCGGCUGAAGUAUCUGUCACUGGCCGCAGAAGGACAUCUUCUGCACAGAGUACUGGUUUUGAUCAUACUACUAAUUGCCGUGUUGAGGAGGAUAUCCUUUCGCGAAUUCGUGCACUCGUCUUAUCCCGCAAUACAAGUCGUCCACCUCGAACCCCAAAUCCAUCCGACGAACGCAACCCACCGCGACACGAGGCCAAAGCCUUUGGAAGUCUCGACGAAUAUAUAACUCCUCAGAAGGCUGCAAGAAUUACACGGUCGGAUUCUGGGUUCCUCGGCGUGGAGCUACAGGCCCGUAACUUUCAGAGCUCUGACGGUAGCAUGGAUAUCGAAGUUCCACGUACCCAAAGAUCUCGACAAAACUCCAUUCCUAGUGUUUCUACGAACAAACGCACAGCCAGAUUACGGGGCUCGAGUUCGGCAAACGAUCUUCGCAUCGAUGGUGGUGCUGCUGACAUUGACCCCUCCAUCGAUUCGAAACUGCUCGAAUCCAAAUCUACGACAAAGACGGGCUAUUUUCGGCUCCCUAAGUUGGUAGUACGAGAUAUUGAAAAGCCCGGCAAGCCCAGCAGUUCCAAGAUCGCAGUUGGAUCCUGCCUUCCUCCAAUCAAGAAUAUAUAUCAAAAAGUACCUACGGAAGAUACUUCUGCCCAAGAAAUUGAUCAACCUUGCCCGCACUGCGAACAACCAACCAAUAAGGAAUGUGCAGCACUUGCUGUAGCCGAUGAUGAGUUAUCCAGAUUCUCUAAACUUCCACAGUCUCCUCCAGAGGAAGUUAAGGGUCAGCCAGAAAUCGCUUGCUCCCCGACAUGUCCUCCAAAUUGCAAAGAACACUAUAUUUAUCAUCCUUUGCCCUCCAGUACUCUAUUGCCAAAAGAUGAUAUUCUCAAAGUUGAUGUGACGAUGGUCCCAGAUGGUGUGGCAAACCUUGACUUUGCGCUCAACAAUAUUAGAGACCAACAAACUUUGGUGCGGUCCUUAAGCUACAAGCCCGAGUCCAAUGUUACUCGUGCCCAAGAUAAUACGAAGUCCGAAUCUUCCUUUACAACAGCAACCGUAACAAACCCACGAAAUACCGAAGGAUCUCCACCUCCUACCCGUGGUAGCAGUGUCAGCUCGGUUGACACUUUUCCUCAUGUUUUGACUAGCGAGAUGGCUAUCGAUGAACUCAUUCCUCGACCCCUUUCUUCGGCGGUGGUCACAAAUUUUAGCUUACCAGGGCCUAAAGCUAAACCUAUUGUCUCAAUAUCCAAAGAUGAGGCUCACAAAGCUAGAAUUCCUGAAGUAGGUCGACCUCCUUCGGCUGGAUCUGUUCGAGCUAAAGCAAAAACGCCAUCAUUACUUUCCGGAGCAUCAAGGACCUCUGUUCGCCAUUCUUUACUCAAAUCGCCUAUAGCCACAGGCUCACCAGUAGACAAUGGGCUACCGGUCCCACCUGUCUUAACGACGGUAACAUCAUCAUCGAAAGCAGGUACGACAGAAAAGCCUACUAUUCUAACCCAAGUUGCCACGCCGAGUUCAGGCAUACAAUUACCCGUAGAGUCAAUAUUGGCCGAUAUUGUGGCAGCAGCAGAGCUCUCUGCAUUGAAUGCUGUGAAGGGGCGAGACGAAUUUACGAACCAAUCUAGUACUUCAUCGGCAGACAAGCUCGUCGUAGAAGAAAUAUCGCCUACGUGUAUCAAGCUGGGCUAUAUCGACAAGUCAAGUCCAUCAGUACCUUUGCUCACUGCGGUUGUGACCGUUCCAAAAAAGCGACAACCAAUUGAAAACCCCAGCGAUUCUUCUGAUAGAAAGCCUAGUAUCCCUGAGCGUAACAAAGCACGUACAAAAACUCUUACCGACCAGAAGUCUGUAGAAGAAAUACAGCAGCGAGAUGCCCCAGAAGCCUUUCCGCCGGUCGAUCCUCUAAAUGCAUCCUAUUGGGGCUUUGUUCCUGCAGUAAAAGAUGCCGUUCAAGAUGCAGUCAAGGUAGCUGUUCGCAAUGCUGUGCAGGACAUGGUCGUGCCCCCUGGAAUUGAGAAAGCCGAGGCAAGUGAUGCAUACAGAAUGCUUGUUGCUGAUUCUCUAGCCGAAGCAGCUAAAACUGCCGACGAAUAUUUGCGACGGGACUCUUUGUGGACUCAGGCACCAGAAUCCGCCCCUGAGUCUUAUUUUGAUGACCGCGCGGCUGAGAUAUCAAUAAUCGACUUUUCUUCUACCAAGGAAGAGAACCCCAAGUCUCGGAGCGUUUCACCAAACUCUGGGGAGAUGGAAGAGAUACCUCUUACCUCGACCAGUGGAAAUAGGAGACAGGAAUCCUCAAAAGCUACCACCACUAUAUAUGAUGCUAUUCCUCCACGAGAUUCUUCAAAAAACCGCGUUUUGAAGCCCAAGAAUAGCAACGGGAACUCAUCUGCUGUGCCUUUCCAAAAAGACCCUCCUAGGCGUCGUGGAUCGAAGGAAGGCUUGAUGUCUGUUGCAGAUUCUACCACCAACACUACUUCAGAGGACAGGACGACGAGCAGGAAAAACACUGUUCAUUGGCUUAAAGAGCUACUAAGCAGUAACGAUGCAUAUGCACCUAGACUGACCGCUUUGCCGCCACGAUCUCGACGUGCCGAAGCUCAUAGUGAGUCUAGUGGCCGCCAACGGUCCUUCACAGCACCAAUAGUGCCGGUACAGGAGCUUUUUCUUGGGGCUACACCAAGCCCCCUCGACACCAAGCCAAAAAUCACUUUCGCUGAUCCGAAAGACAAAGGGGCAGCUGUUGCAGCAACUUUCACAAGGACUAUUAAUGACCUCGAAAAACUGCUUAAUGAAGCACUCUUGAUCGCAAGACAAGCUGCCGAAAAAGACGAUGAUAACAGUGUGCCAAAUCUUCUCAGUAAUGCAGCGGCAAUUUUGAAGGGUGGUCGCAAAUACAUGGACAACGGGACAUCAUCUGUCCCACAGAAAAGCCGAAGAAGACCCAGAAAUGAAGCAUUGUUAAGUGUUGAAAGUAUCCCAAGUGCGCAUGAAAGUGCUCGUAGUUAUUCUGGAACAAGUACCGAAGGCAAUACUGACGAUGAUGAGUUUACCGAGGAUGAAACCAUAAGUCAAGCACCUGCCGCCAACAUUACGAUUAAAGAGCCGCUGGAAAGGCAGGAAGAGAAAGAAGCUUUCGAUACAAACCUUAACAUACCUGAUCAGACUUUUAGACAGCGUGAAAGGAGUGCUACUUGGGACAGUUCUAGAGCGUUACAUGCUUUGGACCAUGCAAGCAUCUCCAAAAAACCGCAGCCGUUAACACAGCGUCUCACUAUGCCAAGGCAAAGCACCGCAGGGGUCUCGCCAUCAUCUGAGUCCAAUAGGAUUGAUUUUGUCAUAGCUAACGGCAACCUUGAGGUACGUGAAAAAAAAAUAGGAUAAAUAAAAUUGCUUUACGUUUCUCUUCAAGGAUGUUUUGUCGAAUUAUGCUAAUAGAAACAGAAACCAUCGAGAACCACCACAUCUGGCGGCUUUGGCUGGCAAGACAUAUCUGAGCGUCACACGGUCUACCAGUCUCCUAGCCUUUUACGUUCCCAAAGUGAUGAUGAGACACGCCCAGGAAAGCAACUUUAUGAAGAGGAUGAAGCCACACUAGCGAGACUUCCCGUCACUACACUUUGUGGUAAAACUUCUGUAUCAAACAGCCUUGAUGGCUCACAUCCUUCUGAGACGGUUGAUUUUCAAACAGGAUUUCAUCAUGAAUACAUUAUGCAACAUGUUGAAGGGAAAGGGGGAACAGCUCGAAGCCAGCCACGGAGCCGACUCAGAAGUCGAGCUCAAUCACAGUUCCGACAAGCCGCACAAGGUGGCGAACGUAGUGGAGGUGGAGGGUAUGACGAGGACAGAGAUAAAUUCGUAGAACUACAAGAACAACGCCCGCCGAUAAACCGAGAUGGUUCGAACCGUUCAUUGAAGAUGAACACGAAUAUGAGUCAUCACUUCUUCAAUCUUAAAGGUAAAAGACAUGUCAGCCUAAAAGAUCACAAAGGGUUCAGCCUUGCAAGAACUCACAAACGAAAACCUAUCGCCAGAGAUUGGUCUCCUUCGCGAAAGAGAUUCACGGCUACCAUAACAUGUCUCAGUACGUUUCUUGUUGGCCUUGUAAUUGGUAUCUAUGCAGGCGAGGUUCCUUCAAUCCAAUAUUCGAUUGUGGACUUGCACCAUUUCACGGUUCUAGGGAACGUCUUCUUUUUCAUAGGCCUUGCCAUUCCAACAACUCUCUUUUGGCCACUCCCACUUUUACACGGUCGUAAGCCGUAUAUUUUGGGUUCAAUGUCACUUGCCAUGCCAUUGCUUUUCCCUCAAGCUUUGGCUGUUGGUGAAACACGAAAUCCUAACUUAGAUGGUUGGAGAAUUGGUCUGCUUUUGUCUCGGUCAUUCAUGGGUUUUGCACUUGGUUUUGCUAACAUGAACUUUUUGUCUACUUUGAUGGAUCUUUUUGGUGCUUCACUUCAAAGUGCUAAUCCUCACCAAGAAUAUGUCGAUGAAAGUGAUGUUAGACGUCAUGGCGGUGGCAUGGGUCUUUGGCUGGGUAUAUGGACCUGGUGUUACGUUGGAUCUAUUGGAGUUGGAUUCUUGCUUGGUGCAAUUAUUAUCAACUUCUUGACGCCUGCUUGGGGCUUCUAUAUUAGUAUUGCCAUCCUUGCGCUGGUAUUAGUUCUGAAUGUGGUUGGUCCUGAAGUUCGACGGUCUGCUUUUAGGCGAUCCGUUGCUGAAGUUAGGAAAGAUGAUCAAGUGUCUAGAAGGUUGGCAAAGGGUGAGGUUAAAAUGCAUAGAGUACAUACCGGACCGAAGUGGUGGGGUGAGGAAUUUCAUCAUGGUUUGCUGCUAACGCAGAGCAUGAUGCGUCAACCGGGGUUUCUGGUUUUGGCGUUUUAUCAGGCUUGGAUUUAUGGUCAGAUUAUUUUGGUUAUGAUUGUAAGUUGCUACGAUUUUUCCGCUGUAAAAUCUUUUCUAACGAUGGCAAGCUUCUCGGUUCUUUGACUUCAAAAUACUACAAAUUCAAAUCUCCAUAUGUUGGCGCAAGCGUGGCAUCGAUUCCACUUGGUGCACUUCUCUCCGUUCCAUUCCAAAAGGCAGGCAUCUUCAGCCGAGAACGAAAAGAAGGGAUGCAAAGUGACGACGAUACAUUGAAGAAGAAGAAGAUCUCUCUAUCGUCCCAUUUUGUUCGACGCUCGAUUUUUGUUAUUCUUCUUCCAUUCAUGGGCCUAGCUUAUACACUCUCCUCCACCGGGCCACCAGUUCCGUUCAUUUUACCUAUCAUUUUCGCUGCUGCCAUUGGGUUCCUUUCGAACCUCGCUGUUGCUGAGUGUAAUGGUAUUAUCAUGGAGACUUUCGAUACUUCCGAUCUUCAGCCUGGUAUGACGGGACGUCCGAGAAGUGGCAGUAAAUCCGGCAAAGUGACAAAUUACUCUUGCUUCCCGCGCGUGUGUGCAGCCUUUGGUAUCACGCAAGGUAUGGCAUUCUGUAUUGCGGCAAUAGCAAGUGGAAUUGGAGGAGUUGCUCAGAGACAUCUGGGCCAGCAGGCCGCUACGGGCGUGAUGUGCGGUGUUCUACUUAUCCUCUCUCUCCUUCUUAUUGGUGUGCUCGCACGUUUCCAAGAUGUACAAAUUAUUCCGGAAUCAAAAACAGGCGAGUUGGAACGCUAUCAGGCGAUGAAGAGGGAACAAUAUAUACAAGGAAAUACAGGCAAUGAUGUGGAUGAAGAAUUUAGGCCAAUUAUUAUUGGAAAUCCCACACAUAUCAUGCGCAGAAUGAGUGUGUUAGAGAUGGGCAGUAUGACGAGGUGGAGUGACAUUCGGAACAAAAAUAGGUUGGUGGAUGAAAAGAGUUUGGAGGCUAGACAUGCGAAUUUGAAUACUUUGGUUCAGGUGGAGAAGAAGUUGAAGGAGAAGCGGAAACAUGUUGUGGAGUCGGUGAGAAGAAGUUUAAGUGGAAGUAGGGAUGGCGGUGACGAUGUUAGGGAGUAUAGUUAUGAGGAGAAGGUUACUACUAGUAAACUGGUGCCUGAUGGUGGACGUAGUGGAUAUGGAGAUGAGAGGAUGGAUUUCAGAGAGGAUAGGAUGGGAAAGGUGGUGGAAGAAGUAGAGUGGCGACAGGGGAGAGUGGUGAAGAAAGAGGUGACGACGAGAAAGAGGGAAUUCAAGGGGACUUAGGUGGGCUGACAAAUGAUUGGGAGUUCAGAAGGAAGGGAAGGAAUGAAAGGUUGAGGAUGGAAUAAAGGGGGAAGGUGAAGGGGGGAUGUUAUUGGGGACUUGAUGAAAUGAUGGAUGAAGGAAAUAGGAUUAGAGUCACUAAAUUGUCAGGUUAGAAUACAGAAUUUGGGGAGUAGGAAGUUGGGUGUAAUAGGUUUUUGGGGAAGGAAUAAAGUAGAUUGAGUAAAUUGAUUAAUGGAAUAUUUCUUAUGGAGUGAUGAAUUGAAGUAAAUUGAGCUGAAGUGAGUUGAUAUGAGUUUAUAGUGGAAUAAUAUCUUUAGUGUAUAUUAUAUAUUAUAUCAAAGUCGAUGGGAUUGAGAUUGAGAUUCAUUAGAUUGAAG